UGAUCCUGGGCUCCAAUGACAUCUUGAAACCAGGCGGUUUGUUACUUGUCAUUGUACUGGCGCGUGCUGUGUUUGCGUGGCCAUCCAUUGUCGGAGCUGAUCGGCUACCACGCUCAAAGCAAUUAGGCCGUGCCCUUAAUUAAGUUCACCUAGAAGUUUGAAGCUUUUGGAUGCGCAUCCCGGAAUAGGACACCGGGCACUUAACUGAUUGGAUCCCUGCCACACUUGCAACAAAACACCUCACUGGAGUGAUUCUGCCAAUCAGAAAAAAUAUAUAGGCUAGUCAAGAAAAGGCAGUAUGUUUUUGGCUAACGGUCAACCAUCAUCAAUAAUCUCUCUCCCUAGAUAGGCUAAUAAUCUGUCUCGGAUAAGAACCAGUCUGUGACUCAUAUGGCCAGCCCCACCGACGCAACAGCCCUCAGGUGUCAGCGAAGGAGGGCUGUGAGCAAGCCGAUUAAAAUACCUGUGCAAUUGCACACCUGUAUGCGUGCUCAUCCACGAGCAGCGAGCGAGCAGGCACACCAGUCCAAUCUUUACGCGAUAGAACUAAUUAAUCAAUUACUGAUACAGCAACACGUACUUGUAUGUACUUGAAGUCCAUGGUGUCACACAUCCAUAAACGGAGGAAAACAAUUCGACGCUAAAGCAGAAUCUUAAUCUGAGCGCGCGCGUCAAGGUGACGCACCUUGGGGUUGGCUCAUGGGCUGCACACUUUUGGAAACUAACUAUUUGUAUGUUGUAAGUGUUUUAGAUUAUUCUGACUACUCUCCCACUCAACUUGGAUAUGGAUAUCGAUGGGCAACACAUUGCACCGAAUGGGGACUCCAAACCGCGCAGUAGCUCCAGGAUAUUCUCAUCCCCUUGGCGCUCAGUAUCGGAGACAUCCGUGCGAGGUGAUCGCACGGACAACGUGAGCAGGAGGUUGAUGUCUCUCGUGAACCCACAUCACCUACGGGCCUCAAGUAACCAGAACUCCAAAAUGACAGACUUUGGGGGAUCUCAGACCUCCACAGGGACCACCUCCACAACCAGAUGUGGUUCGAACAUUUAUGAUGAUAAGUACUCGGGUGAAAUGCCGAGAACUCCAUCACCAGACAUAGACGAACAGGCUGAUGGCAUGGACAAUACCUUCUUGAAUAGAAGACUCAGUACAAUGCUCCAACCCGGAGUCAAUAAAUUCUCCCUGCGAAUGUUUGGUAGCGCUAAAGGAGUGGCAGCGGAGCAACAGCGGGUGAAAUCUUUCGACGUGUGGAUAAUUCACCCUUACAGCGACUUCAGGUUCUACUGGGACCUGGUGAUGCUGUUCUUGAUGAUGGGGAACCUAAUCAUCCUGCCGUGGGGCAUCACCUUCUUUGAGGACCAGAACACGAUACCAUGGAUCAUGUUUAACAUGGCCUCCGACACGCUUUUCCUUCUUGACCUGGCCCUUAACUUCCGCACAGGUGUACUGGAAAACGACAAUGAUCAGAUCAUUUUGGAUCCAAAGGUGAUCCGGAGUCGUUACCUGCGCGGCUGGUUCAUGGUGGACUUAAUCUCGUCCAUCCCAGUGGACUACUUCUUCCUGGUGGUGGACCUGCAGUCUCGGCUGGAGUCGUCAGAUGUGUACCGCACAGCCAGGGCACUGCGCAUCGUCCGCUUCACCAAAAUCCUGAGCCUGCUGCGCCUGCUCCGGCUCUCCAGACUCAUCCGCUACAUCCACCAGUGGGAGGAGAUUUUCCAUAUGACCUAUGACCUCGCGGCUGCGGUGGUGCGGAUUGUAAACCUGAUUGGCAUGAUGCUGCUGCUGUGCCACUGGGAUGGCUGCCUGCAGUUCAUGGUGCCCAUGCUGCAGGACUUCCCGCCCGACUGCUGGGUCGCCAAAAACAACAUGGUGCAUUCCAGUUGGCAGCUACAGUACUCUUAUGCCGUCUUCAUGGCCAUGAGCCACAUGCUGUGCAUUGGUUACGGGAUGCAGGCUCCUGUGAGCCAGACAGACGUCUGGCUGACCAUGUUAAGCAUGAUCGUCGGUGCUACCUGUUAUGCCAUGUUUCUGGGCACCGCUACCAACCUGGUGCAAUCUCUGGACUCUUCCCGCCGACAGUACCAGGAUAAGUAUAAGCAAGUGGAACAGUACAUGUCAUUCCACAAGCUUCCUGCUGACUUGCGACAGAAGAUCCACGAUUAUUAUGAAAACCGCUUCCAGGGCAAGAUGUUUGAUGAGGACAACAUCUUAGAAGAGCUCAGUGAUCCACUCAAAGAGGAGAUAAAGGGCUACAAUUGCCGUGAGCUGGUGGCCAACAUGCCAUUCUUCGCUAACAUUGACCCCCAUUUCGUGACCGUUGUGCUGAGCAAAUUGUGCUUUGAGGUGUUUCUCCCAGGCGACGUCAUCAUACGGGAAGGCACGCUUGGCCGUAAAAUGUACUUCAUACAACACGGCUGUGUUACGGUCAUCACCAGUGACAAGAAGGAAAAGCAGCUCGUUGACGGCUCAUACUUUGGGGAGAUCUGUUUAUUAACUCGUGGGCGGCGCACGGCCAGUGUGAAGGCAGAAACAUACUGCCGCCUCUACUCCCUGAGUGUGGAGAGCUUCAACGAGGUCCUGGAAGAGCAUCCUCUCAUACGCAGAGCUUUCGAGAGCAUCGCAAUGGAGCGCAUAGAUCGACCAGACAUUUCUAUCACGGCACCAGAGAAACAGAAAGAGAGUUAAAGACACUGAGAGAGAGAGAGAGUAGAGUGAGGAGGGAUGCAGUGAUGAAGACCCACAUGGAUAUCUGGGAAGUCUGAGAUAGAACUAUGCGGUUGAGGAAAUUCCUUCAUUGAAACUUCUACUACACCUUGGCUGUACCUCAACAUUAGGUUUGAACUGUACAGUAUUCAGAUGAUAAUCAUAAGCCCUGCACCAAAACCUGAUGUCCAGUUUUCACUAAAUGUGGGGCACGCAUAUCAGUUCACAACAUUCUCCUGAAUGAAUGUUGGGAACUGAUAUGCAUGUGUUACGAACCAAAGUAACAUAAAGAGGGAAGGCGCACACGAAUUGCAGGGUACAGAAAUAUAUUUAUUACCAAAAAUUAAAGAUUACAGUAACGACAAACAAUCUAGGGUAUUCAAACGAAAAUCAAAAAGCAAGCAGGUUCUCAGGACAGGCAACCAGACAGCAGCGAUAUGGCAAAGGCCUCCAACAACGGGACGGACGGAAGUGAUGGGGACGACUCCGAAUCCUAAACGCCUCUCUCCAAGCAGGGUUAGGUUGGCCUUAAAUAGCAUUGCACCCCUAGGUGCAGGUGUAGCCAUACACUUGGGCGCGAGCUUGAAGGCCUGAAAAACAAGGAGAGUGAUGACAACAAGGGGAUGCCAAAACACACAUCAAAACGGAGGGACCAUAAACAUCCCAAAAAUAACCCACUGUAACAGCAUGCAUGUUUUGAAUGAAUCAUUAGAUUGGACUAAUUUCUAGAAAACAUAUCAUGAAACGCUGCCAUUUCCAAUGGACUGUACAUGGAUGUAUACUCUCCUUUCCUUCAAUAUGGGACAGUCUCUAGUAUAUUAGCAUGGUCAUAGUGACCUCUAGUGACAAAUAUAUGUAAAACAACUGAUUUUCUUUCACAGGUUUGACUUCCAAAAAACUGAUAUUUGUUGUUAAUAGAAAAAAAAAACAGCUAUGAAAAUGCACAUUAUCAUAAGGCAGCUAUAUCAUUUUUCAGGACUUAGUUCGAUGUUGAAAAUAUUCCUAGAUGAAGUUACUUGAUCUCAAGGCACAACGGUAAAUUUACAACACUUUAUGAAAAUGGACAGUAGAAUAGUGUGCAUAUGACUGUACCAAACAGGCAGAUAUUAAGCCUUCUCACUAUGCUGGAGCUAGCACCUUUAUUCAAUGUGUCAUAGGCCUGUAGAGUCAAUCAACAUGUUAUAAUGCUACUCAACAAUGUCUGCUUGUGUCAUAUUAUGGGAGUAGGCCUAACUAUUAACACAACAAACACAGACCAUAUACAACUGUGUGUACAUUUUCAGGUGAUUAAAGGGCACAUCAAUGUGUUUUGUGCUUA